CCAAUGGUGCCUUUGAGUCCAAACUGUUGAGAAUCACCUUAAUGUGGGAAGUGACAUCACUGGCUUAUUACUUACAGUAAAUCAACUAUGUGAAUGGUAGGUACAUUUAAAAUGAUUUGGUUUUAGAAGAGGAAGCUGAUAACUUUUAGUUUCAGGUUUAGUGAUUCAUAGCUCUUCUAGGUUCAGUUCUUCCUGUUGGUGUGUGUGCUUGAAAUCUAUGAUGGGUUUAGCUAAUCUCUAUGGUAAUCUAGUCAUGACUGUGCUCAUUUUAAGACAUUUACUAAAUGUCAAGCACAUGACUGCUCUAAGGACAACAAUAAUACAUUUACCUCUGAUGGCCUCAAAGUGCGUCGACACAAAUAUAAUAAGCCUACUUUAGACAUCAUGAAGUGAGGAAUUGAUUUGAGAAUCGGAUCUCCUCAGUGGCUUCACAUCAUUCACAGUGUCCCAGAGGGAAAGGAGGGACUUCUGUGGUUUUUGAUUUAACAACACCGUGACUGUCUGUUUUAAUAUGAGGUGCUGAUGCUUCACAUCCAAAGUCAGUUCGAGCGUUGAAGAACUCGUACCAUCUGAGAUUAUUCUAGUCAUGUCAUCACCGUUAUGCGUUCUGUCUAAACAUGACAACCUCUCCGUGUCUUUCUGUGGUUCUGGCUUUCUAGCUACAUACCAGCUCGGUGCUGCGCAGAGUCUUUUGGAUAACGCGGCCUGGAUCCUGCAAGGAGCUCCGAGGGUCUAUGGCGCGUCUGCUGGUUCCCUCGUCGCUGCAGCGGUCGUCUGUGGCUCCAAUCUAGGACGCAUUCGAGACCAUCUUUUGGAGUUUGCGCGAUUUACCAAACAGCAUCCGCUCGGUCUUCUCAGUCCCACGGUGGAUAUUUUCCGGUGGCUGGAGGUCACACUGCAGCGCUGUCUACCUGAUAACGCACACACUCUCGCCAGAGGCCGUCUGCACAUCUCCAUGACUCGCAUCUCUGAUGGAAAAAAUGUCAUUGUGUCAGAAUUUAAUUCCAGCGAUGAACUUAUUAAUGCACUUUUGUGUAGUUGUUUUGUCCCUGUAUAUUCUGGCGUGAUCCCACCGCAGUAUAAAGGUGAGCACUAUAUGGAUGGAGGUUUCACAAACAUCCAGCCCAUCGAGGAUUCCUCUCCCACCCUCACCAUCUCGCCGUUUGCUGGAAACACGGACAUCUGUCCGUCCGAUACCUCCACCAUCCUGUGCGAUGCCAUCAUCCAGCAGCUCUCCUUCCAGUGCUCCGUCAUCAACUUCAUCAGGCUGGUAGAUGCCUUGUUUCCUCGGGACUGGAGGAUUUUGAAGAGGGCUUUCUACAGUGGAUACCAAGAUACCGUAUACUUUCUGCAGCAGAGCAACGCACUGCCGCUGUAUCCUCAACGGAGAAAGGAGUCUGAUGCGUCUGAUGAUUCGUUGAGCUCAGACCACUGGAUUCUGACACAGACUGAUCGUGCAGAGGAAGAGGAAUCCCAUCAAAACGGCCCUGAACAACCUGCAGUCAAUGGGGUUUGUUCAUCCGCGAGUCCAUCCCAUCAAGAGCCGACAGUACCUAAGAACUCACCAGUAGAGGUCCAGGAAGUGCUGCUGUGUAAUAUCGUGGGACAGCUGGAGAUUGUGAGUAAUUCGAAUGUCGCUUUACCUCAACGGACGCUCUCAUACCUGCUCUUACUGUUCACACUGCCAAUCUGGAGUGCCACGACCUUAUGGGACAGGUAUCAGAAAAGGAUCACUGAGGCUAUGAAUGUGGCAUACUGGCUCUGGCAUGGUAUUAAGCUCUUCAUGAUUUUUAUACUCAAAAUUGUACUGUCCUCUACAAGGAAAGCCUUUGGAGAUAUUCUGAUCAGUUUCAUACCUGUGCAAGUUCACGAUGAGCAGCACAGACGCAGAGAGCUGUCUGAGCGACACAUGGCCUCCUCUAAUCUGAAUGGGCACGCCUCUGCUGUUUUCCCGCCGAGUCCCUCCAUGGCACAGACCCUCCCAAACCUCUACACACUCCUGUUUUCACUAGAGACAGAGAGCAAGUGGAGAAGACACAAGAUAGAGGUGCAACACACAUUACAGCAACACGUGGCCGAUGUGAAAAGAAAUUAAAUACAUGCGAGAUGGUAAUGUUACUCAUCACAGAGUGAAGCUGAUACUGUAUAUUAUUCUGUGCUGCUUCAGAUGGAAAGUUGAAUUGUUUUAAUGCAAAGUACUGAAUACUAACAUACAACUAGCAUUGGAACAAUGCUCUAGAUUAUUAGUGUCCUUUUCUUUGUAAAGACCAAUGAAAUUUGGUAAUGUCUUAUGAGCCCAUAUUUUUGCUGAUGAACUAAAAGGCAACAAAAAUAAUUAACAGUAAGAAAAAUAUACAGCUGCAUAUAGUUUUGUGGAAAAAAUGAAAAUAUAAAUAUCAAAUCAGUUACGCUGUCAACUUUUCCAGUUUUAACAUUUUGCUUUAGUAUUAUGAAAAUAAAAUAGCCAAUUGUUUGUAUUGUUUGCUGCUUAAU